AUGUUUGGUAAAUCAACAUAUCCAGCGUUAGAAGAGCUUCAAGAGCCACUUUCAUCUGAACAAUUACGGAUCUUAAAAGACCAGAUGGAAUCAGAAGGACAAGAUCCAGCUCCACAGUCACAAUUCAAUUAUGCAUGGGGCUUGAUUAAAUCUUCAAACUACAAAAUGCAACAGCAAGGUAUAAAUAUAUUAUCUAAACUAUACCGUGAUGUGCCGUCAAUGAGAAGGGAAUGCUUAUAUUAUCUAGCCUUGGGUUCUUUCAAAGUCGGGGAUUACAGCAAUGCUACAAGAUAUGCAGAUGCACUCUUGAAGAAUGAACCCGAAAACAAGCAAGCAUUAGAUUUGAAGGAAUCUAUACAUGAGAAGGUGACUCAGGAAGGAUUGAUAGGUAUAGGAAUCGCUGGAGGCGCUCUUGCUGUUGGAGUUGGUAUUCUCGGUGCAUUAUUGAGAAGAAAGCGUUAG